UUUUUGGGAGGAAACCUUUUGCUUUUGAUGGUGAGAUAAUUUCUGAAAGGAUCAGGUUUUUAACAUAAUCCGCCUCAUGAACUCUGCACUAGUUCGGAUUUGCUUUCACAGCCUUUUGAGCAGAUUGUUUUCUAAGUCCAGGCAAUAAAGCAGGAGUUUGUUGAGCAUUUGGAGAAGUGUGGCCUGGUGAGUUGGGUGUAAUCUCCUUACCCAGAGUCGCUUGCGUAACAGCGCAGUACAGUGCAGCAGGUCUGAUUGAGGCUGCCUUGAUAAUCCCUGCACAGCCACUGGAGAGUUGGCUGCUCCUUAGGGAGUGAGGGAAGGAGGAAGUGUGUUCCAGGUCACUUAGAUACACUGAAGAAUAGUUUGUUCUAAGAUUGGGGCAGUUAAUAUGAGUCUUGCAUGAAGCAGUUUUAUUCUGAAGUGUUGUUGGAUGUACAGGUGCUUCAAGGAGCGAAAAAACUUUGUUUCCUCCAGUUGUAAAUUAUAACUUGUUCUUUUGAAACAAUUGCUUGAAAUACUCCCCAAGUUCUGCUUUGUGCCAGUAAAACAGGUGGUCUGAUGCUGACGUGAUGUUAUCAAUUGUGAGUACUGCAAGAUUUAAUAUUGCUGAAUCCAAAGCCUUGGGUACAUUGCCCGAGUUCAGAGCCAAGGGCAAAGAGCUGCCACGUACAGUCAGUCACAGAUCUUUGGGCUGCUGAUGGUGUGCAAACAGACUGCAGGAGGAAAGGGCAGCCAGUGUGACACAGUGACAGCAUCGAGUCACCUGGUUGGGGCACACCUUGAUCCGUCCAGCAAGCUGUGACACUUUGUGCUUGGUCACAGGUGACGUGGCUUGCAAGUAGUUAAAAUUCUGAGGGAGGUGACAGUGGCUGUUACUUGCCAAAACGGCUCUAAACAUCAUCUGAUGGGCAAGUAGCUUGUGCCAAAGGAAAAGGAAAACCCAGAGCCUUGGUGGUGGGUGCACUGUCUGAGGAAGGAGCAAGGACUMAUUUCUCCUGUGAAGUCUGGCAUUUCAUUUGGAAGUUUGCCUGGUGAACACCUGAUCUUUCCCACACCAAAGGAUCCCUCUGAUGGGCAGCUGAUACUCAGUGACAGCCUUAGGCACUGCAGCAGGAAGAGAUGAUGUGAAGUGCUGUUAGUCCUCUGACACCGUGCCCUGGAUCCUCAUGGUAUGUCUGAAGGACACAUCUCUGCAUGCUCUGAAUGUGCCGGGUGAAUCCCAAGAAUAACUUUCCACAGCAGUUUGUGACCUCUCAAAGAGGAAGAAGUCAAGAGAGGGCAACUUUUACUCUAUAUUUAGCCCUAGGUUGUCCUCAUGAAUACUCCCGUGGAGAAUGUCCCUGAUCUUCUUUGCCUGUGUGGUGCGGGUGAGGGAUGGACUUCCCCUCUCAGCCUCCACAGAUUUCCAUCUCAACCAGGACUUUCUGGAAUGCAGGAAGAGAUUAAAGGCGUUAUCCUCCAUCCUGGCGCGGUAUCCRAGUCGGGGCACGGCAAAAGGACGUAACCUGAGCAUCCAUUUCCUUUCUUCUGGGGAUAUUGCCUGCAUGGCAAUCUGUUCCAGCAGCUACUCAACCAUCAUGGCCUUCUGCUUCCUGGAAGAGCUUCGGUGGGAAUUUGCUGCUUCCUACGACACAAGGAGCAUCAAUUCAGCUUCCAGACCAUAUGCUUUUAUUGAAUUUGAUAACAUCAUUCAGAAGGUGAAAUACCAUUUCAACAGCAGCCGUGGCUCUCGGRCCAAGGCCAGGUGGGAGCAGGUGGAGGAGGAGCUCAAACUGCAGCCCCCGGUGCAGCUGCAGCUGGAGGCCACCGAGCUGCUCAAUGGGCUGAGCAACGGAGGGCACGCAGGAGGCCAUGUGGAGGUUGUCCCUACUUACAGAAUGCAGCCUGUGACCCCGCUGGGGAUUCUGUCCCUUGUUCUGAACAUCAUGUGUGGAGCUCUGAACCUCAUCCGAGGAGUUCACCUGGCAGAAUAUUCCUUUCAGGAGGACCAUGAAGGAAUUGGAAAUGUGAUAGCUUUUUUUCUACCUUUUCUAGCCUGUGUUUUUCAGUGUUACCUGUACCUCUUCUACAGCUCAGCCAGGAAAGUGAAGACAUUUGUGCUCCUUUUCUGUGUCUGCUUAUGCAACAUCUACUUGUAUGGAUUACGGAACCUCUGGCAAAUCUCUUUCCACAUAGGAGUGGCUUCUCUUUCUUCUUAUCAGAUCCUGACGAGGCAGCUCCUGGAGAAGCAGCCUGACUGUGGCGUAUGAAAAAAAAAACUUGGGGUUUGCUACUCUAUUUUUACAACUCUUUUUUUGUAUUCACCUGGCCAGAAAUUGCUCAGAGUGUUUUUUAACCAUCCAUGGUAAUGGCUAUUGCAAGCAACUUGGGAUAAGUGGGGUCCUGGAAUUAUGUCCAGCACACAGCAGGGGGUGCAGCCGUGUUUGACAUGGUAGAGCUUCUCAGAUGUCACCAACAGAUGGAAGUUCUUGCCAUCAACAGGCUUUUCUUCCUUGACUGCCACCAUCCAGACUGCAUUUUGCCAUUUGUCUCACUGGCUUUGUGACAGUUUGGCAGGUCAGUCUUCCCUGCUGCUGCAAAUACUCACAUUGUGUAGUAAAAUGAAGGUAAAGUCACAGGUAAUUUUUGUCUCUAGAAUUAAAAGUUAAGAUUCUUGGUAAAAUGUGAGUAAAGGAGUUGUUUGCUGUGAUUAGAUGAGUUGAAUAUCAGUGGGAAAAAGGGUGAGGGUGAGCUUCAGGGUAAUUUUCUAGGUUUGGAAAGACAGGAAAAAGCUGUGGCUCUUUUAUAAACCAUAAAGCCUAUAAAUAUCUGCUUGGCUGAACAGCACAUCGCAGUUAAGUGUGUGCUCAUGGGUUAAUUACAAAUAUGCUUGGGGUAGCAGAAAAUAAUCCAAGUGGGUGUAAGUGAUCUGGCAGCUCAUGUGGCCUUUGUUUCCUUGGCUAAGGUCACUUUUAGGAUAAGAGCAAUUCCAUGUUUGCUUGGUCUGUAUGGAUAAUAAAUCUUCCAAGCCUACUUAUGACAGGCCACUGACUCCUUCACCUUUUUUUUAAAAAAAAAGAGCAGCUGGUGAGUAGAAAGCCAUUUCCAGGAAUGGAACGCAAGAGCAGGUUCUCUUUGUUCUAUAAAACACCUGUAGUUAAUGGUGGUGAGUUCUUAUACUGAGGUGAGUUUCUGAGUGUGCAGUUUGGAAUAGGGGACUGCAGAGCUGGAAUUCCCAACCUCUGCUGCUUUGGAUGUCCUGCUCUGUCAUGGAUYGAGGUGCAUUUUAGGGCAUAGCUGAAUAAUUUAGUCUGGCUGUUAAUAAAAUGCAUUGCAAUUUGAUACAGUUGUGCUCGAGGGGUUKUAGAGAUUCAAACUGAGGUGUAGGGAACAGUAGGUGUGUUACUGUGGAAUCACGGUCCUAGAAUUUCCUUGUAUUUUUUCUUUCUGGUCAUCCCCAUUUUUUUCACCAAAGAUUUAUUUUUCCUCUCACAUAAUUUCUACCUCUGGUUGCAAAGAGAUUAACAUGCAGCAGAGUUGUCUUUUUUGCGGGAACACUUGACAAAAUUCCUUUCUUGUAUCUCAGUGAAUUUUCCUGGAAUGUCAGGAUGCAAACACAAGGAUCAGUUGGAUGACUAGAGCAGAAAUUUGUGGUGCUGUACCUUAGAAGCACUUCUGAAUGCAGCUGACUGCAGCAACAGCAUCCAUAGGCAGCCCAUUACAACCUGGACAGUUUCUAGGACAUCAGCAGACUUAGUGCCAGAGCUUUUCCYGCUAGGAAAAUGUAGGUAUUUCUCUUUUAUUGCACUUACUGUAACAGCAUUGUAAUAAAACCUUCCAAACUAUGAGGAGUAGUCUGGUAGGAAUGAUGGAGGAAUAUUUUAGCCAGGCAUUUGARGACACAGCUAGAGCUGUGUGCCAUAAGGGAAAAGUUUUCUGUUAUAAGGGAGUGGAUUAAAGUUGUUUUUUUUCUGUCAUUAUCCCAGUUUCCUGUCAGAGUGCAAGUGAAGAAAUGAAGCCAGAAUUCAACCACUGUCCUUGAGACACUAGGAUGACCCCACAGAUGAGAGGGGUUUUUUACUGCUCUGAAUUUUUCCUGUUGUUCAGUCCCUUGGUAAGGUGCUUCUGGAGACUUCAGGGAAUUCAGCCACGAGUUUGAAUUGAAAAAAAAAAUCUGAAAAAAGAACACCCCAAAAAUCUGAUACUAAAAAUGUAGCACUUAAAGGAUAAUGGAUCUGAUGGCCAAUGGUGUUUUCCAGGAACAUAAAUUAGGUAUGAACCCACUGGAUUCCUGUGGGAAAUCAUCUUGUGGGGAAAGGAUGAAGCAUUUUAUACUAAAAACAGACAAAACUUUAUGAAAAGGACUUUAGGGAUAGGACCCAACUCCCUGUUCCUGCCUUUUUAGCCUCUCUCUGGCUAGAGAAUCCAAAAGCUUUCCUGUUUCCCUUAGGAUUGGCUAAAGCCAGGUCUGCUCUGGCCUGAGGCACACAGAGCAUUUACAGCUGGACAUUMCUCAGCUUUGCACUGAGCUGACUGGAAAAACUGUAACAUUCCUGAUGCUUCCCGAGCAUCCAGCUGCUCUGUCCUGAAACAGAUCCGUCCCUGAGCCAGGGACUGUCAAUCACAGCUCUGCAAAGCAGUGCUAGAACUGGGUGUUUGGAUCGUUGUGCAAUUAACAGCGAGUGGAGAAGGGUUAAAUUCAGCUUUUAUUGAUUUGGUUUUCCUAAAAAACAUUUCAAUAAAAUCAAACCAGAUCGGUUGGUUCGGUUCUGCCGUUGCCUAAACAUUUUUUCUCUUUGUGUAUUUUUGGGGGAUUUGACUGAAUUUUUAGAUCUUUUCUAUCCAGUGAACAAAACU